AGUUGUUUGAAACUCUUAAGUAGGGUCCAAAUUACGUUUUCUUUUUUUUUUCAUAAAUGAAAAGUUUCACAAUGAAAGUGUUUGCAAUAUUAUUUCUAUUAGCUGUUGUUGCUUUGCCAUGCAGCGCAUGGUGGUUCGGCAACGAUCCGAGAGUGGAGCCACAUGAAGAUGUAAGUGAUGAAUGUUUGCGACUUGCCGCUUGGGGUCGGUGUGAGUUUUAUGAAUGUUUAGAGAGACGAUUCCCGUGUGGUCACCGUGGUUUUGCAAUACAUGUUGGAUUACAUUUCUGCAGAAAAAUUAUCAACAUGAUGGACGAUUUUACACCUGAUGGCCAGAGAUGGAUGAAUAGAACAAGUAUUUGCCUGACAAACUCUCUGUUGCCAGUUUAUCAGAGUUACGUAUCACGGUGUGACGACAUAAAUGACGUAGGUGCUGAUGGUAUUAUAGCAUGCAAUUCGAGAACUGAUCAAGACGGACAGGACUUUUGUUCUUUCGUCCACGAUAAUUCUGAAGAGUAUUUGGAUAUUUUUGGAAUGGAGGAAAUACGUAGAAUGUUGCGCCUAAGGAAACCAGGACUAUUAGGUAGGAUGCUCGUUGAUGGCGCAAAUUGUGGUGCCUAUUCUUUACGAGACAGAUUUCUUUCCGUCACUGGUGUUGUCAACGAUAUGAUCGGAACAAUGCAAGAACAUUGGGAAGACCUUACAGACAGGUGGACAAACUUUUGGAAUUAGUGUUUAGAACACUAAACUGCAUAAACAUAUAUGUUUCUAUUAUUGUCUCCUAUCGUGUGAUGCCUGAUAAUUAUUGACUUGGAAGUUACUAAUAAUUGUCUGUAUGAAAGUAAAACAGAAUAUUAUUCUGUAAUGAACUUAAAAUCUGAAAGUUAUUCUUUAUUUCUUUACAAAAAAUAUCAGUUUUUCCGUGGAUAUAAAAACGGUAAAGGUCUUGUUUAUUACAGUGUCACCCCUACUGAAAGGGCCAGCCAUUUAUGACUUAUGAGACACCUUUUGCUUGUAUACCAUGUACCUCCUAACUCCUACCACUAUGCCAGUUAUUUCUUUUUUAUUUAUUUAUUGUUCAAUCAAAACGAAUUACAGUUUACUAUCGUGAAAACAAAAUUUCACUAAAAUCAUGUAUGCAAUACAAUAUGUUUCUUUGGAAUUUAUAUUUGUAAUAAAUAUCUGAAAAAUA